AUGGAUCAUGGCCCAAAAGAAUCUGAUCGUUCAAAUGUAAAGCAAACUUUACAUUUGAAAAAAUUCAGUGGAAAAGGAAUUAUGCAGUGUAUAUCAAAAGAAGCAUAUUUCCACAGAGAGAAUAACCAACUGACAAUUUUGAGCGUAAGUGCGGAAUGCAAUAAACGACUAAUGGAUGUUAUUCAAUAUGCUAAAACGAUACCAGAAGAACUACAUGUACACAUCACCAAUGUUGCUGAAGAAGAAAUACUUCGAAGGCUAUAUAAAUUGUGUGAAUUGAGUAUCGCUGACGAUGUUAAUGAAAAAACUGUGAAAUGGUUGUUAAUCGAUUGUAAUGAAAUGGUCACUAUUACUAUAGUGAUCAUAGUUGCAACAUACUACUGCUAUAUAACGCAAAAAAAGCAAAUCAAAGAGAAGCAGCAAAAGCAAGAGCAACGACAACGGCAUCAUCUACAACUACAACAACAAAGCCAACAAGCGUCAUCUCUAAAAACGCCUGGAAAACUGAAUGAAGUGACAGACCGCACAAUUCUAGCAAGUGCAUCAAUCACUCAAAUAACAAAUUCAUCCGAUUCAAAAUUAAUCCAAAAUUGUGUGCAGACAAAGGAAAAGACAAAAACGAAGCAAAAUGAGUUGAAAGAAAUUAAUGAACGGAUCAACCGGCAAUCUGACGAAGAAUUUCAACAGGAAAGGAAAGAAUUGAUAGCAUUUUAUAAACAAGUUAGACAGUGCUUCCCAGAAAGAACGGAAAAAACACAAGAACAAUCCGGAAAGAAGCAGAGUUCCGAAGAGAAUGACUCCAGUUCAUUGAAUAGCAAUGAGAGCUGA